UAAAAAAAAAGUUGUAAAGAAACAUGCCAGUAGACAUGUCAAACGUUGGUUAUUUUAUCUUCUUACUAAUUCUAUAAAUUUAUUACAUUUUUUUCAAAUUUAGCCCAGGAAAACAUACCAUUGGUAAACACUAUCAAAUUACUCAGGUAUUUGUUUUAGUUUGUCUAGUCAUUAGGGUUGCAGAGAAGUUUUCCGAUUCGGUAUUUACCAUCGAAAAUGUCAAAUAAACGCCAAGCAUCUACUGAGUUAAACCAUGAGAAUUGGGAUCAAGAAGAUGUUGACGAGCCUGAUGAUACAGAAGGGUUUAAAAUGGCUUCUAAAGAAGUUUUGGAAAAACGAGUUAGGAGAGUAGCGAAGAGACGUUCGAAUAUCUCAAGCAAUACGGAAAAACCAGGAGUCUUCAGCGGCUUUGGUGGUUUUAAUAAAGUGCAAAAAUCAUCAUUUGAUUUUUUGGCAAACUUAACAAAUGGUGCCAACACCAAUAAAGAUACUUCUAACAAACAGGAACCAUUUAAAUUAAAUCCUUUUGUCAAUAAGCCCAUCCCAAGUACAGAGCCAUCAAAUAAACAGAAUACUUCUCCAUCAGUUCAGGCAACAACAUCACCUGCACAAAAUCAACAAUCAUUAUUUACCAACACCAUGUCCAGUCCUCUAGCAGGAAAAUCUAUAUUUACAGACAACAAGUUUAGUACAAAUGUUAAUGAGAGCCCAUUCAAAAUAGCAACUUCAACACCCAAAACAACUUUCAACUUUGGAACAAAAUCUGAAAGCAGUAGUAAUCCAACAUCUCAACAGAGUAUAUUUGGAUCUACAAAAACCAGUUCACCAAAUAUAUUUGCACCAUCUGUAUCAACAUCAUUCACAAAAUCAAGCACUCUUACUUCAAAUGUUUUUCCUUUGUCUACAUCAGCUAAGGGGACAAAUUCAAUUGAAAACAAAAAAGAAACAAAAAAAGAAGAACUUGAUGAUAAGAAGUUAAAUUUCUAUGGAAAAUUAAAAUGUUUAAACAUUUCUCUAUUGGAAUGGAUUAAGAAGAAUCUUGAUGAAACUCCAUUGUGUCUUCUUACACCAAUUUUUCAAGAUUAUGAAAAGCAUUUAAAAGAUAUUCAGGAUGAAUAUUUUCAUGACAAAGAUAUUAAAUCAAAUGGUGAUAAAGGUGAUUGUAUUCAGAAAAAUUCAAAUGAAAAUGUAAUUACACCUAGUACAUCAGGAAAAUCUUUAUUUUCCAAUUCAACUAUAACUCAUUCCAACCCUCAAGAUAAGCCAGCUAACUCUUUGUUUGGCAAAACCUCUGGACAUGCUUUAACAGCAACUUCAACAAUUUCUUCUUCCCCCAAUAUGUCUACUCAUAGCUCAUCAACAUCAUUUAGCUCCGAUCAGACAGUAGCUAAAACUAGCCCUGGAUUUAAAUUUGGAGUGAGUACUGCUGCUCCAUCAACAUCAUCCAUCACUAGCAGUGCAGGAUUCAGUUUUGGAGGGAAGACCGCACAAUCUGGUAUAUCUUCUAAUAAUGAAAAAUUUAAUUUUGGUAUUACACCAACUACCCAGAAUGCGAGUUUAUUUUCAGCUAAUGCCAAUUCCAAUACAAAUGGCAACACUCCAUUUUCAUUUGGUGUUGGUAAUAAGCCUUUUAGUUUUAAUUCAAAUGUACAAACAAAUAAUAGUGAAACUAAAGAUGCCAAUGAUGAAGAUGAACCACCAAAUGUUGAAUACACACCGUUAGUAGAAGAGAAUAGUGUAUAUGACAAAAAGUGUAAAAUAUUUUUUAAGAAGGAUGGCAACUUUAUUGAUAAAGGUGUUGGUACACUAUAUAUAAAGAAAGUUGAAGAAAGUAAUAAACAUCAGUUGCUAGUAAGAGCGAACACAGCUUUAGGUAAUGUGUUGCUUAAUUUAAUAAUCAGUUCAAGUAUACCUACACAAAGAAUGGGCAAAAAUAACGUAAUGAUUGUGUGUAUACCAACACCAGACACUGAGCCACCUCCGACACCAGUACUGAUUCGAGUCAAAACACCGGAAGAAGCAGAUGACCUUUUAGAAGUUUUGAAUAAGUAUAAACAGUGAUUACGGUGAAAUCUUAUUAAAUUUUUGUUUUGUAAUUACAUAAUCAAUUUAGUAAACUUGAUUGUAAUUGACAUGAUGAACAAAUUGUUCUCAAUUUACAUGAUAACUUAUUACGAUUUCAAUUAGAUGUAUAAAUAAAAAUCAGGUAUUUAAAACAUUCAUGUUUGUGCUAUUCUACAUUCCUCAAAUUUUCUUGUAGAAAUGUUUUGAGUAACAUAUAUAUCAAUUUUGUUUAUUGCUGAAAUAAAGGCAUACUGUUAAUGUC